AUGUCAUCAGAUCCAGAGGAAGACCUGCACCUACGUUACCUUCUGGCAGCCAAGUACGAGGAAGAGACAGCUGACCAAGGCGACUCGGCGGAAGGCUCAGCCGAGUUUGAGCACCAGGCAACGAACUUGGAGCUCGACGACUAUGCUCGCGAGUUGGCGUUCCUACCCGACGUGACUGAAGCAAAAUCGACGCAACUCGACUAUGAAGCGACUAAUGGUCAAAGUUUGGCGCACACUCGACCACAAUCUACUCGGCUGUACGCGAUAUCGACGUACAAGGGCAUCUGCCGGUCCGCCAAUGAGCCCGCUGAGUUCCGCUGA